AUGGAACCAUCUGUAGCGCACCAGCGUGCAUUUGGAAAUGCAACACAAAAGCCUUCGCUUGUUCAGAUGUUUGCAAAAGAAUUCGGAUCAUGUCCAAUGGGCCAAAUACCCAUUCACCAUGCCUCAAAACACAACUACAAUCUUGGAACGAAUGAGUUUAUUAUGAAGAAAGAAGCCGGGUAUACAAAGAAAUUUGCUACUCCACAGACAUUAAGUGGCAUAGAAACACAUCAGGCGGAUGGGUACAACAAAACUGGAUGCUGCAACUUGAAAUGCCCUGGAUUUGUCCAAGUAAGCAACACAAUCGUCCUGGAGGGAGUAUUAGCUCAAUCCACGUCCAAAUCUUCUCAACAAGAACUAGAGUUUCUCGUGUUCCAGGACCAAAAAACAAAGAAUUGGUGGCUGCGAUUAGCUGGAACUUACGUGGGUUACUGGCGUGACUCGUUCUUGCAAGAUUUUCGACUUGGUGCCACCGAAGUUGCAAGUGGUGGUGAGAUUUACUACGACAAAAUGAAUGGGGUCAGGCACACAAGAACGCAAAUGGGGAGUGGUCGAUUUCCAAGCGCAUCAUUUCGAUACGCAGCCUACCAUCGGAAAAUCCAGACUGUGAAGCAAGAUUUUAAACUGUACGACGCCACGAGCCUGGGGCGAUGGAUUGUAGCAGCUCCUGGAUGCUACAACGUUGGAGAUCCAACUUACAACGAUACGAACUGGGCAACUUUCUUCUUCUUUGGAGGGCCUGGAUACAAUCCAGCAAGUUGCCCAUGAAAAAACACAGUUCUAUAAAUGAGAAUAUU